AUGUCCCUGGACAAGCUUCCUUCUAGAGAGCUCCGAGUAUUGCAAGGCCAUGGAGGUCCAGUUCAUUACAUAAAAUUCAACAAGGAUGGCGAAUAUGUCCUCACAGCAUGUGCAGACAAGACUGUUCGUUUAUGGAAUCCCCUCAAGGGACUAUGCAUCAAGACUUAUUCGGGACAUGGUCGCGACGUGUUUGGAAUCUGCGUGUCGGCAGAUAAUUCUCGAUUUGCUUCAGGAAGUGCUGAUAAACAAGUCUUUUUAUGGGACGUGGGCACUGGCAAACCCAUUCGACGCUUUACGGGCCAUCAUCAACGUAUAAAUUGUGUCGACUUCAAUCAGGAUGCCACUGUCGUUGUGUCUGGCUCGUAUGAUGCUACUGUACGUGUCUGGGAUUGUCGAGCACAGACCAGACUACCUGUGCAAGUCAUGGAAGAAGCUAAAGAUGACAUCAUGUCUCUUCAAGUGUCUGGCCAUGAGAUUGCUGUUGCUUCCGUAGAUGGUAAACUCAGAGUGUAUGAUAUUCGAGCAGGAAGAGUCACUGCUGAUGACAUUGGUCAGCCUGUAACUUCGGUCUGCUACUCGAACGACAAGAACUGUCUGCUCAUCAGUACAUUGGACUCUACUGUGAGACUCAUGGACAAGGACAAUGGACAAGUUCUUAACGAGUAUAAAGGACAUCUCAACAAGGAGUACCGUGUCACUAGUUGCCUCUCUCACACAGAUGCUUAUAUAUUGAGUGGAAGCGAAGACGGAAGAAUCGUCAUAUGGGAUUUGGUUGAUGGUAGUCUAGUCCGUAUACUAAAAGGGCACGAUAGGGUCGUGUCGGCUAUAGCCUAUGCACCCAAAAUGCCAGUUGCUGUAUCUGGAAGCAUUGAUGGAGUAGUCAAAGUGUGGACGACACCCGAGGUUUUUGCUAGUUUAGGGAAGAGCUGA